UAAGGUCUACCUGUGUGUCGUCGUGUGCAUAUAUACAACCAAUGUGAUCCUAUUAGUCAUCCAUUAGAUUCAUUCAUCCCCCGUAUAUGGCUCCAAUGAAAGAAGCAACAACCUCUUAUAAGCGGGUACUGGAGCAAUCUAAGGUUGGCCCUGCAAUGCCACCCGACAUAACCCAUCUCCCUCUUACAUUCCUUGAUAUCUCUCUUGCUGGUCCUGUCUACGUUAGACGCCAGUUCUUCUACGACUUUCCUCACUCUACACACCAUUUCCUUCACACCACUCUUCCCACUCUCAAAAACUCCCUCUCCAUUGCUCUCCAGCGUUUCUUCCCCCUCGCCGGAAACCUCCUCUGCCCGCCGCCUCCUGAAAAGCCUUAUAUUCACUGUACCGGUGGCGACUCUGUUGCGCUGACGGUCGCCGAGUCGGCCUCCGGAAAUUUCAAUAUUUAUUCCUCAAACCGACCGAAAAGUCUGCAAGACUUGGAAGAGGUCUCGGUUCCUGAGCUGCCAUGGAGGACGACGACGGAGGAGGAUGGAAACGACGACGAUGUCACCCUCGUGUUCCCGACCGUGGCCUUGAAGGUCACCGUCUUCCCUAACGCCGGGCUCUGUAUCGCCAUCACGUAUUGCCACAUCAUGGAUGGCAGCUGCUGCAGCCAUUUCAUGAAGACGUGGGCUUCCUUUUGUCGUAGGCAAUUGUCGACCGAAGACAUGACGACUUUUGAGGAUAAUUAUAUGCCUCUUCCAUCGUACGAUCGGGGACUGAUCCGAGAUCCCAGGGGGCUCGAAGCCAUUUUCCUGGGAGACUAUUUCACGGACAGGUCAUCUUGGAAGCAAAGUCUCGUCGGGAAAACUUCUAAGCGCCUCCGCCGAGAAGAUGACGAAUGCCGUUACAAGGCGACGGUUGUGUUGCGUAGAGAAGACAUUGAAGUACUACAAAAAUCCGCAAUGAAACAAUGGAGAAAAGACGACGAAGAAGAAUCCACAUGCCCGAUGUACCUUUCGAAGUUUGUUGCGGCGUGCGGCUUCGUGUGGGCUAGCUACGUUGAAGCGACAAGGCAUAUAGACGAUGAUGGUGAGGAAGAGGAGGAGUGCUUUCUUUUUGCAGCAGAUUGCAGGAAAAGAAUGGAGUAUCCGGUCCCGGAGAACUACUUUGGCAACUGCAUAAACAGGUGCUUUGUGUGGCUAAAGAGAAAAGAGGUGAAAGGAGAUGAAGGGUUCGUGAAGGGGGUGAAGGGGAUCUGGAAGGAAGUGGAGGAUAUGAAGAGAGAGCCUCUGAGGGAUGCGGAGAAGUGGAAUGAGAGAGCUCAGAAAGCCUUCGUUUUAGGGAGUGCAGUUUUGCUGGUUACGGGGUCGCCUAAAUUCGGGGUUUAUGAGACUGAUUUUGGGUUUGGGAGGCCCAAAAAGGUUGAGAUGGUUCAUUCCCCCAAGUGCGUGUCUCUUGCUGAGGAGGGCCGGCGUGACGGUGAAGGCGGGCUUGAAUUCGGGUUGGUUUUUAGGAGGAAUGAAUAUGAAGACUUCAUGUCUAUCGUUGAAAAACGACUCCGAACUUUACAAGAAUUAUAUGGUCCCCUGUAACUCCGGGUAUUGUAACACUCUACGAGAAUCUUUUUGUC